GCAACUGGUCCAAUGGGGUUGCCUGAAGUGCUCGUCUCCAGUCCUGGUUCAGUUCUGGGGUUAGUCCUGGUCUUGCUCCUGGUCUACCUGGUCUACAAUAACCUGGAUUCGGACCAGGGACCCCCAGGACCCAAACCGAUUCCAAUCCUGGGGAACCUGCUGCAGAUUGACCUGAAGAAGCCCUACGAGACCCUAACACAGCUUUCUAAACAGUAUGGCCCUGUAUUCACGGUGUGGAUGGGCCCUCAGAAGGUGGUGGUCUUGGCCGGGUACAAGACGGUGAAGGAGGCUCUGGUGAACCAUGCUGAGGUCUUUGGAGACAGACAUGUUCUGCCCAUCACUAAAGACAUGAUGGUCAAGGACAGUUACGGAGUGUUAUGGUCCAAUGGAGAGAAGUGGAGGGAGCUGCGGCGCUUUGCUCUGACAAACCUCAGAGACUUUGGGAUGGGCAAGAGAGUAUGUGAGGACAAGAUCAUAGAGGAAGCCCAGUGUCUCUGCCAGGUCUUCAACGACUUCAGAGGAAAAGCGUUUGACACAACAGAACCGGUGAACUGUGCAGUGUCAAAUAUCAUCUCAUCUCUGGUCUAUGGCAGUCGCUUUGAGUACAACGACCCAGAGUUCACCACUUUACUCAAGUACACCACCACCAACAUACAACUCCUGGGCUCCCCAUCGGUGCAGAUCUAUAACUUGUUCCCGUGGCUCGGGCGUCUGGUGCCGAACAGGAAUAAAAUUUUAAAACAAAGGGAGAAGUCUGAUGAACAAAAUCAAAGGUUUUUUAAGAAACUGAGAGACACUCUGAACCCACAGAUGCCACGAGGCUUUGUGGACGCAUUUAUGCUGCGACAGAAAAAGGAGAGUGGGGUAUCUGACAGUCCAUACCAUGAGAAGAACCUGGCUAGUAUGGUUGUACAGAUGUUUGCAGCAGGAACUGACACCACCUCAACCACUUUGAGAUGGGCCCUGCUCCUCAUGGUCAAGUACCCACACAUCCAGGACCAGGUCCAUGAGGAGAUCUUCAGGGUGAUUGGAACUCGUGAAGUCCAGACUGAGGACAGAAAAGACCUGCCGUUCACUGACGCAGUGAUCCAUGAGACCCAGAGAAUCGCCAACAUUGUUCCACUGUCCCUCCCCCAUCAAACCAGCCAAGACAUCACUUUCCAGAAUUAUUUCAUCAAGAAGGGCACUACAGUGUGGCCGCUCCUCACCUCAGUGCUCUAUGAUGAGAGUGAAUGGGAAAAGCCUCACACUUUCUAUCCAGCUCACUUUCUCCACAAAGACGGAACAUUCAGGAAGAGAGACGCCUUCAUGCCCUUCUCUGCAGGUCGUAGGAUUUGUUUGGGAGAAGGUCUGGCUCGGAUGGAGCUGAUCAUUUUCUUUGUGACCCUGAUGCAGCGUUUCCGGUUCACUGUGCCCCCUGGUGUUAACAAGGAUGAACUGGACCUGACGUCGCGCGUCGGCUUCACUCUGAACCCUGCGCCCCACAAACUCUGUGCCAUCCCCUGUGCUUAGAGACCAGACACACACAGCCGUUUAUAAAGAUGUUGUUUUUUUGUUUUUGUUGUUGUUGUUGUUUUUUUUUGUUUUUUUGGGGGGGGAGGGGGGGGGGGGGGGGGGGGGGGCAAAUUUGAGAUGUCCAAAAUCUAGACCUCAUUACUCUAACAAACAAACUAGAGUUUUGAUCUGAUGGACUCCAAACUGAGGCAGAAUCAUCAGGACAUAUCUGGGGUCAAAAGUUGUUAAAAGAAUUUACAUAAGUCUCAGGGUGUGAUCGUCACUAGCUCUUAACAAAGCGACCAUUUUGAAAACAUAAAAAUCCCUGUAACUCCAAAAAAUUGUCGGAUCUGGAUGAACCCAAUGUAGUAUUUGUGUGUUUGAUGAUCUGGACAUAAUGAUGUGUGAAUUAAACUUGUAUCUUUAAAAAUGUUAAUGACCUCGUAUGCUUGGAUUGUGAUUAAUCGUGAUUACGUUUUUUUAUUACUGGGACAUUUGAAUCUGAAAUAUAGAUGGAGCCAGGCUUAGAUUUCUUGCUUCGUUUUUCAUGUUCAUAUUAGAUACUAAGAAAUAUACAGAGGAGAUUUUGGAUAUCUUAUUUAGCUUUUGAGUAAACUAAUGCUGAAACAUUGCCUACAAAGUUACAUUUCACCUCAUUAUCUGUAGUUAAAACUUUCAUAACUUAGAAUUAGCUAUCCAAAAAUGACUCUGUGCAUUUCGUCAAAAGGAUGAUCCUUAUGUCCCUGGGGUAAAAUACAUUUUGAGAAAACAGCCCUUGAAGUUACAAUGUCCAAUAUACAGUUGUCAGGACUAGCAAGGCCUCCUCUGCUGGCCUAAACAUGUUCAGAAACGUGAAUUUAUUUUAUUUUCAUGAAUAUGUAAAGAAAAAUAUUCUCUAUUCUCUUUAUGACAUAUUAUAUCCACUUCGUUGAGUGGCUUCCAAUGUUGUUUAUUGUGGUAAAGCUUUUAUCCAAUUAUAUUUCAGCUUGUGUUAAUUUUCCUGAGGCCUUCAGAGUAAACAGAGCAGGCCCCGCCCACUGUAAGACACAGACACAGUCAGUUUCAAUAGACAAUCAGAUUUCGAUUCUGCAUUCCAGGGCCAACUAGAAGGUCCUACGCAAACUGCACAUGUACAUGUCCUGUGAUUGGAUAUGCAUACGCAUUGGGUACAACGUGAAAGGUGGCAGUUUGCAGAAUGUCAAACUAAAUCCAGAAAUCCUACAGCUAUUGCUAUUGGAGUAUUUUUAACCCAUAAUGGCUGAACAAGGAGAAGAGAUUGAUCUGGUUGCAGAUAUACAUUCAAUGCCAUUUUCAAGACGGGCCUUUCACAAAAAGCUGGAUAUUAUCUGAAGAGAUCAGCCAACCCCUGCGCUAGCUAACCUGCAUUAAAAUCUUUAUUUGUAUUGUUAUUUGUAUUGUUGCUUUUUGACCUAACCUUUGUAAUACCAUCUGUUGUUAUGUAUGGGUGUAUCUUUUGUUUGUGCGUGUAGCGGCCCCCAACCACGUCGAUUAGACUAAACGGGUAUGAUUGUUUUGGUGGUAUAAAUACACUGUAUGUAUUUUCAAUUGUCAGCUGGGGUUGAGACGAUACUACUGGGGAGAACAGCUCUUUGAUGACUGUGCACAAUUGAUUCAAUAAACCAGACUUUUUGAUUCAAGAC